UUUCCUUUUCCUCUUUGCUCCCUUUGUUCUAGUACAUUAGAGGAAACUCUGUUUUUAAGAUUUAUUGUUUUUCACUUGGCUCUCUUGUACUGAACACUUACUGAUCUUACCAGAAUAAGACAGAUGUAUUGAUGUCCAAUCUUAAAUGUUUCUGAAGAGAUACUUGUGAUGGAAAUAUACACUCUGGGCAAGAAGUAAAAAGCAGACUGGAAUCUCUUGACACACAUAAUGUGGCUGGAAGAAUCCCAAAUGAAAUCAAAAGGUGCCCGACAUCCCCAGCUGAUCCCUUGGGUCUUCGCUGUUGUUUCCAUCUCAUUCCUUAGUGCUUGCUUUAUUUCAACUUGUUUGGUGACUCAUCAUUACUUUUUACGCUGGACGAGAGGAAGUGUGGUGAAACUGUCAGACUACCACACAAGACUAACGUGCAUCCGAGAGGAGCCACAGCCCGGAGCUAUAGGUACUUGGACCUGCUGUCCUGUUAGCUGGAGAGCCUUCCAGUCUAACUGUUAUUUUCCUCUUAAUGACAACCAGACCUGGCAUGAGAGCGAGAGGAACUGCUCAGGGAUGAGCAGUCAUCUGGUGACCAUCAACACCGAAGCAGAACAGAAUUUUGUGACCCAGCUUUUGGAUAAACGGUUUUCUUAUUUCCUGGGACUUGCUGAUGAGAAUGUGGAAGGCCAAUGGCAGUGGGUGGACAAGACGCCAUUUAACCCACACACGGUAUUCUGGCAAAAGGGGGAACCCAGUGACUUUAUGGAAGAAGACUGUGUUGUCCUUGUUUAUGUCCAUGAAAAAUGGGUCUGGAAUGACUUUCCUUGUCACUUUGAGGUGAGAAGGAUUUGCAAAUUACCUGGAAUAACAUUCAAUUGGAAGCCCUUGAAGUGAUCCUUAUGAUGAGGAUGAAGAAGAUGAACCUAUCAGACCCAGGGGAAGUGUCCACACAUCAUAGAAAUAAAGAACACACUGGGUCAUAGACCACUGUUAACCAUGAGGAUGGUUUUCAUUAUUUUUGUUUAAAUUUAAUUCAAUAUACAUAGCAUAGUUUGUGCUCUCUCACUCUCUCUGUCUNUGUGUGUGUGUGGGUACACACUGGCAUGCACACACAUGCUAAUGCACACAUAUGUUUAAGAUAGUGAGGUUUUGUGUCCUGUUUUGGUAGAGAGAAUGAUCAUCAUCCUAUGAGAUUCAGUUUUUAAUCAUUGUUUCCUUGAGAGUAUUUAAAGAAUUUACUUUUCAGUUGGUAUGUUUUUGUUAUAUAUUUAAUGAAUGGAUUAGAUAAUAUAAUCUCUUUGUCAUUUUUCUCUUGCCUCUUAAAAUUAAAACUUAGAGCAGACA